AAUGAACUGAUCCUAGGAGACACCAGCGGGAAGCUGCAUGUGUACAAGAACGAUGAGAGCAAGCCCUGGCUGACCCGCUGCUGUACUGGCAUGCUGACCUGUGUCGGUGUUGGAGAUGUUUGCAACAAAGGAAAGAAUCUCGUGGUUGCAGUCAGUGCUGAGGGAUGGUUUCAUCUUUUUGACCUAAGCUCCAAAUUGGAUACUACAUGGGACUUUAUGGGAGAGGAAAUGAAAGCCAACUACACUCAGCAUCUGCCUGCCAAUACAAAGCUUGUUUUGAUAAGUGAUAUAGAUGGAGAUGGCCGCUAUGAGCUAGUUUUGGGUUACACUGACCGUGUAGUACGUGCUUUCCGAUGGGAGUGUCCCCCAGAUUCUGACAUAUCCUAUGGUCAGCUUGUACCUUUGAAAAAAUGGCUUCUUGAGGGACAGGUGGACAGUCUUUCUGUGAACCCAGGAGCAGACGGUACUCCGGAACUAAUGGUGUCCCAGCCAGGUUGUGGAUAUGCAGUUUUGAGGUGUACUUGGAGUGAUGAAACUAGCCUGGCAUCUGAGGGGCCAGGAGCAGCUGAAGCAAGGGAAGUUUCUUCUAGAGAUGUAAUCCUCCAUCAAACAUCUGGCCGGAUUCACAAUAAAAAUGUUUCCACACACCUCAUUGGUAGCAUCAAGCAGGGACCAGGUGUGGGGAACAGAGAAGCUGGUUUGUUUGCACUCUGUACACUGGAUGGCACUUUGAAACUCAUGCAGGGUUCCGAUAGGCUUUUGUGGUCAGUUCAGGUUGAUCAUCAGUUGUUUGCUUUGGAGAAACUAGAUGUGACGGGAAAUGGCCAAGAGGAAGUUGUUGCCUGUGCAUGGGAUGGACAAACGUACAUUAUUGAUCACAAUCGCACAGUACUGCGCUUCCAGGUUGAUGAGAAUGUUAGUGCCUUCUGUGCUGGGCUGUAUGCCUGCAGGGGAGGUCAGAAUAGUCCAUGCCUGGUUUACGUGGGUUUUAACCAAAAAAUCUAUGUAUACUGGUCAGUGAUUCUGGAAAGAAUAGAAUCUUCCAAUAUCCUUCGUGUUUUGGAGGGAAAUGAAGAAUUUGCUUCAGUUCUUAAAGAAUUGCAUGUGGAUGCAAGUGAUACUUCUGCUGUUCGUGAACUUAUCCAUCAAACCUUGUAUUCUCCUACUGGACAACAUUAA